AUUUGCAAUUUCUUCUGUCUGUUUACUUCCAGUGAUUGGUAGAAUUAAUUUUGUUUGAUUGGUUCAAGUUUUUUAAAAAUUUGGUUCAGAAUUUCAGAGUUGGCGCGAAUUAAUUCGAUUAUUAAUUUCAGGACAUUAUUUUAUAAUGUUCCUGAGGACUCGCUGAUUUUUAAUCGUCCAUAAAUACCCUAUAAAUUCUAUGUAUUAAGCCAUUCCAAGUGCCCAAUUAUGUCAGUAUACUUCAUAAAUUCGGCUAGUGAAGAAGAGAUUGAUUCGCCGACUCAUAUUGGAGAAUCAAAUGGUCAUUCUUCUGAAUCGGAAAGUGGUCCUAGCAAUGAUCCUCAAUACGGAGAAUUAACGUUACAAACUUUCUGGCCUAAGGUUACUGAAGAGAUACGUAAAAUAAAUGUGCUCGAUAUCCGGAAUCAAGCCCUACCUUUGGCUAGAAUUAAGAAGAUAAUGAAAUUAGACGAAGAUGUUAAAAUGAUCAGUGCAGAAGCACCGAUGUUAUUUGCCAAAGCUGCUGAAUUAUUUAUCAUGGAGUUAACAUUACGAGCAUGGGUUCAUACCGAAGAUAAUAAAAGAAGAACACUUCAGCGCAGUGAUAUAGCGAUGGCAAUAACCAAAUACGAUCAGUUUGAUUUUCUAAUAGAUAUUGUUCCUCGAGAAGAAGCCAAAAUAGGUAUCAGUAGGACCGCUCAGGAUACCAGUCGAACGGCCAUAAAUUCUGAUCAGGUUCAUUAUUACUUUCAAUUAGCCCAACAGCAAUCAAACGAUACCACCCCGAGUCCGACUCCAGCAGCUUCGAUCGCAAGCCCUACCACAGUUCAAGUAAUUCAACCAGGAACUGGUCAAAUACAAACUGUUACGAUAUGUGCACCAGGCAUACAACAUGCGUAAAAAAAAUUGUUUAUUUUCCAAAGUCGAGUUUAACCGUUCGCGUACCUAUCCAUAAAAAAAAAGAAAAUUAUUAUGAAUGCGUCUGUAUAUUAAAAUUAAGAUGUAAUAUUAAGAAUUAUAAUUAUUGAUAACA